AUGUAAUCUAAAUCAUCAGAAACUAGAUAGAGCUGGUCCUAUCAAGUAAAACUUUCUCUUAAAUUACUUUUAGGAAGACAAACUUUUAUUAGAACUUAUUAAACUUAAUGGUUGUACAUCUUGGAAUCAUAUUGCACGUGAACUUCAAUCUUAAGGGAAAAAUCCUUUAAAAGUUCGAUCUCCUGCUGCUUGUAGGGAACGAUACUAAAAUAUUCUUAACCCAAAUUUGAAUAAAAGUAAUUGGACAUUAGAGGAAGAAUAAAAUUUAUUUAAUCUUUAACAAUCUUUUGGAAAUAGCUGGGCAAGAAUUGCUUCCUAAAUGCCUGGUCGUUCUGAUUUAUUAUGUAAGAACUAUUUUUAUGCUACUCUAAGAAAAGUUUUACGUCGACUCAGUAAAGCAGUCGGGUUGGAUUAAUGUAAUUGUAUACUAAUAUUUCUUUAGCAUCUGAUUUAUUAAAAUAAAUCAAACCUAGUGUCUUAGGAAUAAUAUAUUGCAAAGAUGAUUCUUUUAAAAGUUUCAACAUUGAAGAGAAGAUGAAGAAAGACUUUUAAUAACUUAUCAAACGAUAUAGAUACACAGAAAAAGCAGAACUUCGAUAGCUUUAAGAUAAUGAAGUGAACUAUAUCAAAUCAAUGUUAAAUCAGUUAUUUGUCAUAAAGUAAAGAAAAUUCAAAUAAUGAUUAGUAAUAAUUACAUAACUUAGAAGGAAAGAAACUUUAAUAGAAAGAAUUCAAAAUAAGAGAUCUUCUCUGUUGAAAAUAACAGUAAAUCAAUCAUUCCAAAUUGCUCAACUGUUCAAAAUUUAAAAAAUUCUAAACUUGAAUCUAAACUUAUAAACACAAUAAACUUAAAAUAAGAUUCAUAAGAAGAAUAUAAUCAACCUUAAAUUAAUGUCUAAUAAGAUAAUCAAACUAUAUAAGUAUAUGAAAAUCUAUAUCAACCUCAUUCUGAUUUCAUUUUAAUGAAUUAAUCAUAAGUAAAAAUCAUUUUUAUUUUAGGGAUCCUUUUAUGCUCCUCAACCUGUUAUUACAUUCUGUAUCUAACCAAACUUUAUAAGCUGGCCAAUCUAAUAAGUUUAAUCAUAUUACAACCCUUAAUACCUGCCUUAUCCUUAAUCUCAUCCUCAAAUGAGAUAUGAGUUCGUAUAAAUGAUGUGA